AUGUCUACCUACGAUGAUCACAAGUCCUCAGUUGAGGGCCAUGGCAUGGAAAAGUCGACAUCCACAAACAUCGAACAUGUUGAAAGGUCCCACGGCACCGUUGUCGAGUUUGACGACUCAAUCGAAGAUACCAAGCCAUCCAAAUCAGUUUGGCUAAUCACAUUUACCGUUGCCAUGGGCGGUUUCUUGUUUGGUUACGACACUGGUGUCAUCUCAGCUGUUUUAGUCACCCUCGGCGACGAUCUCGGCCACAAUCUUGACUCUCAUGAACAAGAACUCAUCACUUCCAUCACCUCUGGAGGGGCUCUCAUUGGUGCUCUGAUGGCUGGUCUUCCAGCUGAUAAGUACGGUCGCAAGCUUGGAAUCUACAUCGGUUGUUUUCUCUUCCUUGUUGGGUCUAUUGUCCAGGCUGCUGCGUUCAAUCUUGCCACCAUGACUGCGGGACGUCUUAUAGUUGGAUUUGGCGUUGGCUCAGCUGCCAUGAUCAUUCCUCUCUACAUUGGAGAGCUCGCCCCAGCCAAGUACCGCGGUCGUAUGAUUGCCUUCGACAACCUCAGUGUAACACUCGGUCAACUGGUUUCCUACGGUCUUGGAGCCGCAUUUACCGAUGUUCCUCAUGGCUGGAGAUACAUGAUCGCCGUCGGCGGCAUUCCUCCUAUCAUCCUCGCUGCUCUGCUUCCCGGAUGCCCCGAAUCGCCUCGACAGCUCAUCGCACACGGAGAGAGAGACGAAGCUGAGAAGUGUUUGCGACGAGUCUACCCCGCUGCUACUGACGAGCAGCUCAAGUCCAAGCUUGAUCGUCUUGUGUGGACGUUUGAGGUCGAGUCUUCGGUUGUGGCCAGUAAGUCUCUCUGGUGGCAGUUUAAACAACUUCACUGCGUGCCUUCCAACCUUCGCGCGCUGAUUUCUGCUUGUACCGUCAUGGCUAUCUCUCAGCUCGGUGGUUUCAACACUCUUAUGUACUACUCUGCGACCCUAUUCUCCCUCGUCGGUUUCAACAAACCUACCGCUGUUGCGAUUGUUGUUGGUGCCACUAAUUUCCUCUUCACAUUUGUAAACUUGGUUGUGAUUGAUAAAGCCGGACGCCGUAUUAUCCUGCUAGUCACUGUGCUCGGAAUGUCUGUGAGCAUGGUCAUCGCCGCUGUCGCAUUCCACUGGAUUCCUAUCUCCAAAGACCUUGUCCUCCAAGCCGAUUCCGUUAACUGGGCAGGUAUUGUUGUGCUUGUUACCAUUAUAUUCUACGUCGCCUUUUUCGCUAGUGGUGUCGCCACGAUCGGAUGGGUUGGAACAGAGCUUCUACCUUUGGAAGUUAGGGCGCUUGGCACAAUGAUGAACACUGUUACAUGCUGGGGCUGCAAUAUCAUCAUUGCCUCUACUUUCCUCUCCAUGAUGAAGACUAUGACACCCAGCGGCGCUUUUGGCUUCUACGCAGGUAUCUGCUUUUUUGGCUGGAUUUUUGUCGUCUUCUUUUACCCUGAGGUUAAGGGACUUCCACUUGAAGAGGUCAGGAAGGUUUUCGAGAAUGGCUUUGAUGUCAAACUGGCCAAGCAGAUGCAGCGUGAUCUCAAGAUCAAUAGCCAGACUUCUGCGGAGCUCAAGGCGUAG